ACUUGCCUUGCUGCGCCGAGGUGCUCGGCUACUACUGUGAUGAGUGUGGUGUAAGAACCUACAUGGAAGAGAAAGUGAAGCAUUCUUGAAAUGACAGGAAAUACACCCACACGUGUGCUUGUGUUUCCUUUUCGGCGCUGUAAAGACAUCUCAGCACCACUUGAUUGCAAACCCCCAGCCCUUCAGGCCUUUGCACACAACACAAGCUGCGGGAAGGCUCUUCCGCAUGGGCGCGAAGGGCUGCUGGGACGCUGCUGCCAACAUGCCUUACAUGCACGUGGCCUCUCUGGUUAUUCAGAGCUCCGAGUCCAGCGUCAGGAAGAAGCUGCUGAAGAGGAAAGGAAAGACGGAGAGUCCAUGGCUGAAACCCACCCGCAAGAGGAGACGGAGGAAUAAAAAGAAACAAGCCAGUGUGCUAGGUGCCGAAGCAUAUAAACCAUCUUUGGGAGGCAGAGAGGGCCCUGGCCAGGAGAACAGCAUGGAGUACAUGGAGGUGUCCCUCGAUUCCCUGGAUCUCCGGGUGAAGGGAAUCCUCUCCUCGCCGGCUGGAGGUCUUUCCAAUGGUCCUGAAGCAAUGGAAGUAGAUGGGCUCCAGGAAGUCCCCCUCUGUAGCUGUCGAAUGGAAACCCCCAAAAGCAGAGAGAUCACCACGCUAGCCAACAACCAGUGCAUGGCCACGGAGAGCGUGGACAAUGAGCUGGGCCGAUGCACAAACAGUGUGGUUAAGUAUGAACUGAUGCGCCCGUCUAACAAAGUCCAGCUUUUGGUGCUGUGUGAGGACCAUAGAGGGAGGAUGGUGAAACACCAGUGUUGCCCUGGCUGUGGAUACUUUUGCACUGCAGGCACUUUCAUGGAGUGUCAGCCGGAGAGCAGCAUCUCCCACCGUUUCCAUAAGAACUGUGCCUCCCAGGUCAACGACAUGAGCUACUGCCCACACUGCGGGGAAGAGGCCUCCAAGGCAAAGGAGGUGACAAUAGCAAAAGCAGACACAACCUCGACGGUGUCCCUGACCUACGAGCAGCAGAAACCAGCAGCUGUGGAGGGAAGGGCUGACACCACGACAGGGAGUGGCACUGGGACGCGGUUGUCAGAGGAAGACAAGCCAGAAAGUUCAGCUGCUGAAGGGUUUGACAUAGCUGGGUCUUCAGUUUUCCCAAAGCCUACUACCAGCCUGACCCAGGGACCAGUUAAAGAAACUCUGGAAAGUGCCCUGAUUGCCCUGGACUCGGAAAAACCCAAGAAGUUACGGUUCCAUCCAAAGCAGUUGUACUUCUCUGCGAGGCAAGGAGAGCUGCAAAAAGUCCUGCUUAUGUUGGUGGACGGCAUUGACCCUAACUUUAAAAUGGAGCAUCAGAAUAAGAGAACCCCUCUCCAUGCUGCCGCCGAGUCUGGCCAUGUGGACAUCUGCCAUAUGCUGAUUCAGGCUGGUGCUAAUAUUGACUCCUGCUCUGAAGACCAGAGGACCCCACUGAUGGAAGCAGCAGAAAACAACCAUCUGGAAACUGUGAAAUACCUUAUCAAGGCUGGAGCACUUGUAGAUCCUAAGGAUGCAGAGGGCUCCACGUGCCUGCACUUGGCUGCCAAGAAGGGGCACUAUGAUGUUGUUCAGUACCUCCUCUCCAACGGGAAGAUGGAUGUCAACUGCCAGGAUGAUGGAGGCUGGACGCCAAUGAUCUGGGCCACCGAGUACAAGCAUAUUGAGCUGGUGAAGCUGCUGCUUGCAAAGGGGUCAGACAUCAACAUCCGUGACAAUGAGGAAAAUAUCUGUUUGCACUGGGCUGCUUUUUCUGGCUGUGUUGACAUAGCAGAGAUCCUGCUGGCUGCUAAGUGUGAUCUACAUGCAGUGAAUAUUCACGGCGACUCGCCCCUGCAUAUUGCAGCCAGAGAGAAUCGCUACGAGUGUGUAGUUCUCUUUCUUUCUCGUGGCUCGGAUGUCACUUUAAAGAAUAAGGAGGGUGAGACUCCACUGCAGUGCUCCAGCCUUAACUCUCAGGUCUGGGUGGCCCUACAGAUGAACAAGACUCUCAAAGAAUCAUCUACUGAGAAGCCUGUCCAGAUAGAGAAGGUUGUGAGCAGAGACAUCGCCCGGGGUUAUGAGCGGAUCCCCAUUCCCUGUGUCAACUCCGUGGACAGUGAGCCUUGUCCUAGCAACUACAAAUACGUUUCACAGAACUGUGUCACCUCCCCGAUGGACAUUGAUAGAAACAUCACCCAUUUACAGUAUUGUGUAUGUAUAGACGACUGCUCCUCCAGUAACUGCAUGUGUGGCCAACUCAGUAUGCGCUGCUGGUAUGACAAGGAUGGCCGACUCCUGCCGGAAUUCAACAUGGCUGAGCCGCCGCUGAUCUUUGAGUGCAAUCACGCGUGCUCGUGCUGGAGAACCUGUAGGAACCGGGUGGUGCAGAAUGGGCUCAGGACUCGAUUGCAGCUUUAUCGGACACAAAAGAUGGGCUGGGGUGUGCGAACAAUGCAGGACAUUCCUCUGGGAACCUUUGUGUGCGAGUACGUUGGUGAGCUGAUAUCCGAUUCGGAGGCAGACGUCCGUGAAGAGGACUCCUACCUCUUUGACCUUGACAACAAGGAUGGAGAGGUGUACUGCAUCGAUGCCCGUUUCUAUGGCAACAUCAGCCGCUUUAUCAACCACCUCUGUGAGCCAAACCUCAUCCCAGUGCGAGUGUUCAUGUCGCACCAGGACCUUCGCUUUCCCAGGAUCGCCUUCUUCAGCACAAGGCACAUAGAAGCUGGAGAAGAAAUUGGCUUUGACUACGGAGACAGGUUCUGGGACAUCAAAGGCAAAUUCUUCAGCUGUCAGUGCGGUUCACCCAAGUGCAAACACUCGAGCUCAGCGCUGGCCCAGCGGCAGGCUAGCACCUCGUCCCAGGACACACAGGAAAACGGGCUCCCCGACACCAGCUCUGCCACAGCAGCCGGCCCCUUUUGAGGCUCCGCUCCCCAGAGACUGACUCCUUUUAACCCCAUAGAUUCACAUACUGUCUGAAUUUCCAUUUAAAGAGAAAAAAAUGAAAAAACACACAAAAAAAGCCCUCUCCAGGAAAGCCAAGAGUUUGUGACACUUAGGGCUGUGCCACUGACUGUUACUUGAGGAAUAAGUAAAAGCAAAUCCCGCCUCCGUGAUGAUGUUCUCCCCUCCCUGGGCCUGGAAAGCUGCUGGGUUUCACAGUGUGGAGGGGUGGCUGGUGCAGUUUUCUUCUCCAUGCAAACUGUCCUGGCCUCCUUCUCUUAAUGUGCUCUAAGUGUUGUCCAGGGGAGAGCCGCCCGGCCUUGGAAUAUUCACUGAAUGGAUUGCUCAUGCCAAGUCAUCUCCAGUUCACUUGGAAUAAACUUUGAGUAC